AUGCCGCUACUUUCUGACUACGACCUCCUCUGCGGCGAGGAAGCCUCCGGGAUCCUCACCGUAGAGUCACCGGAAUGCUCCUCCGACUUCUUCGAUUUCUCUCCGCCGUCACCGUCGCCGUCGUCCACGGAGGAGGAGUCGAUCGCCGUUUUCAUUGAGCACGAGCGCAACUUCGUUCCUGGAUUCGACUAUCUCUCAAGAUUCCAAUCUCGCUCCCUCGAUCCUGACGCAAGAGAAGAAUCUGUUACAUGGAUUCUCAAGGUACACGCUUACUAUGGGUUUGGGCCAUUGACGGCGUACCUUUCCGUCAAUUAUAUGGAUCGGUUUUUGGAUUCUCGCCAUUUGCCGCAAACAAAUGGGUGGCCUAUGCAACUUAUAUCUGUUGCAUGUUUGUCCUUAGCAGCAAAGAUGGAGGAACCCCUGGUUCCCUCUCUCUUGGACCUUCAGGUAGAAGGUGCCAAAUACAUAUUUGAGCCGAGAACAAUUCGUAGGAUGGAGCUACUUGUAUUGGAUGCCUUGGAUUGGAGGCUUAGAUCAGUAACCCCUCUUAGCUUCCUCGGUUUCUUUGCCUUCAAGCUUGAUUCUACUGGAAAGUUUACUGGAUUUCUCAUUUCACGGGCUACAGAAAUCAUCUUAUCUAAUAUCCAUGACGUUAGCUUUCUUGCUUACAGGUCAUCAUGUAUUGCCGCCGCGGCCAUACUCUCUGCAUCUAAUGAAAUUCCUGAGUGGUCUUUUGUUAAACCUGAGCAUGCUGAGUCAUGGUGCCAGGGUCUAAGAAAAGAAAAAAUUAUAGUGUGCUACAAGUUGAUACAAGAGCUUAUUGUGAUUAACCACAGCAGCGGGAGGACCCCUAAAGUGUUGCCACAGCUUGGAGUAACAACUCGGACCCGGAGGUGGUCAUGUAUCUCAUCACUGUCUUCGUCUUCGUCUUCCUCUUCCUCUUCAUCGUCUUUCUUAUUGUCCAAUAAAAGAAGGAAAUCAAAUAACUGUUUGUGCAUAGAUGAUGAUGACAGAUGAAGCUGCGAGUGAAGAGAAAAAAGAAAAAUAAUAAAAUUUGAAGAAGGGAAGAAAUAAGGUGGGCCAUGCUGUCUGAAACCUCAACAUUUAUUUUAUUGAUGGAGGGUGUUAAUUAUUACUACUAGUAGAAUACGUAUAUACUAGAUAUAAUACCCGUGCGUUGCACGGGUUUAUUUA